AUGGCGGCCCGCGGUCGGCCACACGGCGGGACUAUGACGCUACCGGUCGACCGGGCACAGAAAAUGAAGCGGAGUACCGCUAACAAGCUUAACUUCAAUGUGGGGAAGGGGCUGAGAGCACACCCGGUUACCUGGGGGAGAAGUCACCAAUGCCACGUCCCCGCCAGGGCUGCUGGGGUACCAGAGAUCUGGAUAUGUGUAAGAAACGGGCCUAUCUCGCGGAGCACGGUUAGGCGCCCCCCACAAGUGGGGUAUUACCUGACGGCCGCCCGCACACAUCUUCCACGGACAGCGCUGAAUACACAAUGGCUGCCUCCAAUCAGCCCAAUGCACCUCAAGCGCCUCCAUUAUGGGACUUCCCUGGUCCUCGACCACAACUGUGGUUGCCGAUCCUGGAAAAAAGUAUCACAUCCGUACACCACAAACCCUCGAGCGCCAGUGCAUCUGUCCAGACGGCCGCGACGUUACGCGGCCGCAGGCCUAGCACAUCGUGGCCCACUUUAUUCGCGCACCUAG